AUCCAGGUGUGUCCUCUGAAGACCUGCUGCAGACCUGCUGCACUGCUGGCCAGAGAUGGGCCUCUGAAAAUGGUCACUGCAAGAACAUGCCUCUGCUCGCUAAUGACAACGUCUCUGUUUGCAGUGUUGCACAGAAGCAGUGCUGUCUCAGCUCUGUGAAGGAAAGACAGUGUGAACUAGGCGUGACCUCAGCCAGAGGUGGAGACACCUGUGACGUGGAUGAGCGGGACUCGUGUCUAGAUGACUCCUAUCAGGUGUGCUGCAGCUGCUGUGUGCUUGGCUUACGUGUUCGCAGUGAAGGGCGAGGUUGUGAUGCCCACCAGCACCUAGGCUAUCCAUGCGGCCACAUCUUCCUCACUUGCUGCGAGGAAGGGGAUGCUCUGAGCCUGUUGAGGAGAAAGCAGAAGCCAAGACCAACUGCCCUUCCCAGGAAAGUAUCAGACAAUAAGUUCCCCAAGGAAGCCUUCUCCAUCAGUUCCACAGAUGAAGCUGCCAACACUGUGGAGGAGCAGGAGGAUGUUGACGAGUGUGAGCUCUACCCUGGCCAGCUGUGCCAGCACACAUGCACCAACAUCUGGGGCUCCUAUCGCUGUAGCUGCCACCAGGGCUACAUCCUGCAGCUGGAUGGACAUUCGUGUGCACCAGUGAGCUUCAAGGAGGACAAUGGACUCAGAGAAGUUGACGGUCCAGCUUUUUCCCCCACCACCACUACUACUAAAACUACUACAACCACCACCAGCUCCUUUAGCCUCAAUCCAUGUGCAGACAACGGUGGCUGCAGCCAACAGUGUACGGCCGUGGCAGGCUGGGCUCGCUGCUCCUGCUUCCCGGGGUUCUCAAUGAUGACAGAUGGAUGGAUGUGUGAAGAUGUGGAUGAGUGCGUGACUGGUGCCCACAGUUGCAAGCCCAGCCAGCGCUGUGUGAACACAGUGGGUUCAUUUGUGUGCGAGCUGCAGGUCACUUGUCCUGCUGGUUACCAGCUGCGGAACAGUCUUUGCGAGGACAUUGAUGAGUGCACGAUGAGAACUCAUAACUGUGGCAUGGGCCUUGUGUGUGAGAAUACAGUGGGCUCUUUCCUGUGUAAUCCCAAACAGAAGUGCAUCAGUGGCUUCACACAGGACUCUCAUGGCAACUGUAUUGAUAUAAACGAGUGCAGCAGCCUGACUGAGCCCUGCAGUUCAGGCUUUAACUGUAUCAAUACCGUUGGCUCCUACACGUGCCAGAAGAAGAUUGUGAUGUGUAGCCAUGGUUACCACGCCAGCCCUGAUGGAGCCAAGUGUGUUGACACUGACGAGUGUCAGAUGGGGACGCACCGCUGUGGAGUGGGCCAGAUCUGUCACAACCUCCCCGGCAGCUACCGCUGCGACUGCCAGACAGGCUACCAGUAUAACGCCUUACGCAAAGUCUGCACUGAUGUAAAUGAGUGCUGGCGCUAUUCUGGCAGGCUCUGCGCCCAGAAGUGUGAAAACACCCCAGGCUCCUACCGCUGCUCAUGCACAGCUGGCUUCUCCCUCGCAUUCGACGGCAAGAACUGCGAAGAUACAAAUGAGUGUGACCAAAACCCUUGUAGCCAGGAGUGUGCCAACAUCUAUGGCUCAUAUCAAUGCUAUUGUCGCCCAGGCUACUACCUGAAAGAUGAUGGGCACACCUGUGAAGAUAUUGACGAGUGCUCCCAGAGCAUCGGGAACCUCUGUGCCUUCCAGUGUGUUAACACUGCAGGCAGCUAUCAGUGUGCCUGUCCACCUCAUGGAUAUGUCAUGGCUGCCAACGGACGCACCUGCAAAGACGCUGUGAGCGGAUCAACUGUCCCGCCAGUUCCUUAGACUGUAAGAACUCUCCCUUGUGGAUCACUUACUACCAGCUCACGUAUGAGACCAACAUCAUCAUUCCAGCUCAGAUCUUCCGAAUUGGCCCUAACCCGGCCUACUCUGGAGAUCAUAUUGUCAUUAGCAUCAGAAAGGGGAAUGAAGACGGAUACUUCAGCACACGCAAGCUGAACAGCUUCACAGGUGCCGUCUACCUGCAGAGAAAGGUCCGCGAGCCCAAAGACUUCCUGAUAGACGUGGAAAUGAAGCUGCUGAGGCAAGGGACGUUCACUUCAUUCUUGGCCAAGAUUCAUGUCUUCAUAACACCCAGCACUAUGUAAUACCAAAGAGACAGACAGAGACUAGACAUUUCAUAUGGUGCUAAACAUUUUUGGCGUUUAGAUUUUUGUAAUGCCUCUAAAGGUUAAAGCAUGAUUUAGGAAUCUUGUAGAAUAUUGCCAAAGAUUGAAUUAUUCCUAUCAUGGCAGGCUCUCUGCUAUGUUUCCUUGAAAGUAAUGUUUCCUGAAAAACCUUGUAUUUCUACGUAUGUAUUUUUCAGCUUCACUCUAGCAAACAUAAUUUAGCUUUUAUACACUCGCACUAUUAGUGUCUGUUCAACUGUGUGUAUAGACGUUGGCUGGUCUCGGUUAUUGGUUUAUUCCCUCAUUACCCUUUUGGUGAUGUUUCGCACCUUUGGCUGGCUUUAAAAUACAACUGUAAGAUUGUGUUGUUUUUUCCUCUCACUUCACUGAUAUGUCAGCACAGGAGCUGAGAGAUUUUCACAUUACAGAGAGGGAGAUGCUACAACGGCCUGAAAAGCUGUCAUUCAGGAGAAUACGGCACACUCAAGCACCAGGAUGGUGAUGUGGCUGUGGUGACAUCACACGAUGCAUAGCGGCCACUUUUCCAUAGAUAAGGUCCAAAACUGACAAAAUGAAUAUAUGAGAACAAAUGGUCUCAGAAGUCUAGGAAGCAGUAUAAAUCGUUCAAUUUCAAUCUUUAUUUGUGUAGUUUAAAAAAUAAUCUUUCAAUAGUUUUAGAUAAAAAAAAAAUCAAAUAAAGGAUAUUUAUUUUGGUAUCGUAUGCUUAUUAUUGGCAGCACGGUGGCACGGUGGUUAGCACUGUUGCCGCACAGCAAGAAGGUCCUGAGUUCACUUCCACCAUCAGGCCGGGGUCUUUCUGUGUCGAGUUUGAG